AUGCAGCUCUUUAUAGUCGGACUGCUGGGCUGCUCUCUGGUCCUCUCAGCUCAGGCCCUGUAUUCCUCCAGUGAUGAUGUGGUCGAACUGACUCCAUCUAACUUCAACAGAGAGGUGCUGCAGAGCGACGGCCUGUGGCUGGUGGAGUUCUACGCCCCAUGGUGUGGUCACUGUAAGAGCCUGGUCCCGGAGUGGAAGAAGGCCGCCACUGCCCUCAAGGGCGUGGUGAAGGUGGGAGCAGUGGACGCCGAUCAGCACAAGUCUCUGGGAGGACAGUAUGACGUCCGAGGCUUCCCCACCAUCAAGGUCUUUGGAGCCAACAAGAACAAGCCUGACGAUUACCAGGGUGGUCGCACGAGCCAGGCCAUCGUGGACGGGGCCCUGAACGCUCUCAAGGCUCUGGUCAAAGACAGACUGAGCGGGAAGACGGGCGGCUCCAGCUACAAGCAGAGCGGAGGUGGAGGUGGAGGUGGCAGUGCGCAGGACGUGGUGGAGCUUACAGAUGAUAACUUUGAUAAACUGGUGCUGGGCGGCGACGACGUGUGGAUGGUGGAGUUCUUCGCCCCAUGGUGUGGACACUGCAAAAGUCUGGAGCCGGAGUGGGCAGCUGCUGCGUCCUCGGUGAAGGAUCAGACCAAGGGCAGAGUGAAGCUGGGAGCAGUGGAUGCAACCGUGCACCAAGUCCUGGCCAGCAGAUAUGGGAUCCGAGGCUUCCCCACCAUUAAGAUCUUCCGUAAAGGAGAGGAGCCGGAGGACUACCAGGGCGGGCGAUCGCGAGGCGACAUCAUCAACGCAGCCCUGGAUUUGUUCUCGGAUAACGCCCCUCCACCUGAGCUGGUUGAGAUCCUGAAUGAAGAGUCUGUGAAGAAGACGUGUGAGGACAGUCAGCUGUGUGUGAUCGGAGUGCUGCCUCACAUCCUGGACACUGGGGCCUCUGGAAGGAACGCCUAUCUGGACGUCAUGAGGAAGAUGGCCGACAAGUACAAGAAGAAGAUGUGGGGCUGGCUCUGGGCCGAGGCGGGUGCACAGAUGGACCUGGAAGCGGCGCUGGGCAUCGGAGGCUUUGGUUACCCCGCCAUGGCCGCCAUCAACACCCGCAAGAUGAAGUAUGCUUUGAUGCGCGGCUCCUUCAGCGAGACAGGAAUCCACGAGUUCCUCCGGGAGCUGUCGGUGGGCCGUGGCUCUACUGCGACCCUGGGAGGAGGGAACAUGCCAAAGAUCAGCUCAGCUGAGCCCUGGGAUGGAAAGGAUGGACAGCUUCCUGAGGAGGAGGAGUAUGACCUCAGCGACGUGGACCUGGAUGAAGAGUUUCGCAAAAUAGAGUUAUGA